AUGGUGGACAACAUCCCCGGCCCGAGCAGGGCCUCGGAGAUCCAGGUGCCAACCAUUGUUCUCUUGAUUAUUAUGCCAGUCUUUGUCGGCGUUCGUGUAUGGUCUCGAGUCAAGUCCAAAACAGGUCUGGGCUGGGAUGAUUGGACGAUUUUGAUGUCUGCGGCAUGCGCGGUCGUGGUGAUGGCACUGAUGCUAGCAUCUUGCGCCUAUGGCUUCGGUCAACAUAUGAAAAAUAUCGUCAGACCGAAUAAACUGAUGACUCUGAAGCUUUUCUUCGUGAGCCAAGCUUUCUAUAAGCUCACAAUGAAUCUUACGAAGAUGUCGAUUCUCUUGCUCUACCUGCGAAUUUUCAUUCAGCGAUGGUUUCGCAUCAUUUGUCACAUUCUCUUGGUGAUCAUUGCGUCCUAUAUGGUGGCGGCGCUUUUUGCAUCCAUCUUCCAAUGCACGCCGGUCGCGCGCGCCUGGGAUAAGAGCAUUGCAGGCAGUUGUAUCAGUAUCACAAAUAACUGGUAUGCCAAUGCUGGGUUUUCUAUCGCGACCGAUCUCAUGAUCCUGGCACUUCCCAUGUAUCCCAUCUAUCGCUCGAAGAUGGCCUUGAAAAGAAAGAUCGCCUUGAUGAUUGUCUUUGCUUUUGGCGCCUUCGUGGCCUUCACCAGCAUUAUGCGGAUGCAGACCCUCGAUUUUUCUUCGACCAGCCCCGAUACCACAUAUGAUCUGGCUUCUUCCAUAUGGACCAUUGUCGAAGAGAAUGUUGCAAUUAUCUGUGCCUGUCUGCCCAUGAUGUGGGCUCCUCUUGCCAAGAUCUUUCCUUCAAUCUUCUCCAUCAGCAAGAGUACAGAGGAUCACAUUACCUUGUCUGCAAGGUCCUCUAGGCCCAGUGGAACAUUGCAAUCUCGCAUGCCUUGGCAGAGGCAGGAUGGCUCCCCCGAUGAUAGAAGUAGCAAUCAUCUGGUCGCCUCGGAUGUUUCCCAACAUCGCAUCUCAGUGGAGAGCAUAGGACAAAUCAUGGCAUCCGACGAUAGUGCGGGCCUCGGUGUCCCUGACAAACACGGCAUCCAAAAGGCCGUGCAGUAUCAAGUGACCUUUUCAAACAAAAAUUGA